GAAAAGUCAGCUCGAGAUCGGGACCACGGACAAAUCCUUCAUAGGAGGACGGCACCCCUCAGCGUCACACGUUGUCCGAAAUACAGAAACACUCACCGCUUUCGGCCGUCCAACAAUUCCUUUGUUCAGGAGUGAGGGAUACGAAUAAGAACGUCGUCACCAUGUACGAUGGGGCAAGGGUGCCUUCCCCCCAGGACAUUGUUAACGGUGUGCUUCCUACGGCCGUGGCAGGGACAGGAGCCGGGGAGGGCGGGUCAGUGUCGGUACCCGCCCCGGCUGUGGGGCUCAAUCCAGAAGAAGAGGAGGUUCCAGAGGAGGAGCCUAGUCCGGAGCCUGUCCUAGUGAAGAAGGCCCACAGGGAGAUCCUAGACCAUGACAGAAAGAGGAGGGUGGAGCUGAAAUGCAUGGAGCUCCAGGAGAUGAUGGAGGAACAGGGGUACUCUGAGGAGGAGGUCAGGCAGAAGGUCGGCACCUUCAGACAGAUGCUGAUGGAGAAAGAAGGAGUGAUCACCAGAGAGAGAGCACACACUGACCCAACGGUCAAGGUCCAUGGUGAGAUGCAGACAGACCCAGCUGAAGGUUACCAUGAGGACGGCGAAUGGCACAGAGAUAAAGACGGUUAUAGAAUAAAGAGGAACUCUAGCAGCUCUCCAUCUCCUCGACCAAAGAAGAGGAAGAAGAAGAAACGUGCGGUCAGAAGGAGUCGGUUUGACAGCUCAUCUCCCUCCCGCAGAGAGAAGAAGAAGAAGAGUGCGAAAAAACACAAGCGAGACAGGUCGACAUCUGGUCAUAGGAGAAAGAGGAGAUACAGAUCGGGUAGCCCGAAGAACAAACAGAAAGACAAAACCAGAAAGAGGUCCCCAUUAGAGUCCCCCAGUAGGACGUCUCAGCGUAGAGGCAGCUGCUGUAGCUCCCACAGUGCAUCACUCUCCUCCACAGGCCACAGCCCCUCCAAGUCCCUCGGCAGGCCCAACUCCAAGCACAAGACAGAAGGACACAAGGCCUGUGUGAGCCCGUCCCCGUCUCCGUCCCCCGGUCCUGACGGUUCUGUCACAUGGCACAAUGGGCACCACCACCGCGACCGCGGCUUCAACGGCAAGGCGGGCAGACUCAACCACAGCCACGCGGUCGAGGAGGACAAGGAGCAAGAUAAGCUGAGAAUGCUGACUGCUGUUUCUCCGGGAGCCCAGUCGACCACGAUACUGCCACAACUGAGAGGAGGAGAGAACAAGGCCCACACUGCCCUCUACAGGGCCCCAGGAAGUACUACUGCCCAGGCUGGAGAGGCCCUACAUGGGGAGGACAGGCAGACGACGGACCUGGGGUCGUCAGGGAGAUGGGGAGGUCACAGAUGUCACAGAGUCCAGGGGAAGCGCUCCCAUUCACCGACUCACAGCAGUGACUCCGCCCACUCUCAACAUAACCUGCAUCCUCACAGAGAAAAGAGCUCUCACCAGAAGAAGACUAAAAGAUCCCACUCUUCCAAGCGUCACCGCCGUGGGGGUCGGGGACAGGCCCAUCACCAGAGGCUGUCUGCAUCCCCAGGGCGGCACCACCAUCCGUCUGGGUCAGGCACCAAGAAGAUUGAGUCUCGGGGGCGGGGCGGUGUCAGAGUCCGCCAGCGCAGCAGCUCCUGGAGCUCAGGACGGUCCUCAUCAUGCUCUGCUUCCAGAGAAAGAGGCCCCAGCAAGGCCAAGUCUCUCCACGACCAUGCCAGACAGAACAAUUCCAGUUUUUCCGCUAAGGACAGAGAUAGUCCUCACCACUCUGGCGCUGACCGUGCUCACCGUCGUUCCAGGAGCUACUCUCCCAUCAGGAAGAGGAGACGAGACUCUCCCAGCUUCAUGGAGGCUCGCAGGAUCACCAGGAAGAGUCCCCCGGAAGCCAAGACAACAGAAUGCUGCUGAGCUGCAGGCUAGGUUACUGUGGUAACAGUUGCCGUGCAGCAGGACUCUCCUAGUUCUCCUGUCUGAAGUCUGGUGAAGCAGCUAACCAACAGAACAAACUUCCCAAGAGUAACCCUGCUGCCUCUCCUUUCCCUCGAGUCUCUCUCCUUCUUUCUAUCCUCUUUUCCUUUUGUAAAGCAGCUUGAAUAAACUCACACAAGCACUAGAGAAACAUAUAACUAAUGUUAUAACACAGGUGUUUUUGAUGAAGGUGCUAUCAAGGCCUUCAUCUUGGUCAGUAAAUGUAUUCCUUGAACUUGGCCGUUGUCCCAAAUUGUGGAUCGACAGAAAUUAUUUUGAGAUGUUUCCAGUGAAUUCUCAUUCAGUAGCAGAAGCACCUUGAUAGAGCUGACGUCGUUCCUAGAUCGUUAAAUCACCUGAUUUGUGGUUGAUGGCUAAACCUUCAGAAAGUCUUCCUGUCCUUUUUGUGUGGCUAACAGCUCUUAACUUACCAGCAGCAACCUAUCAUACCUCUCAACUUCUGCAAGUGUCACUUAGGUUGCACCUUGAGGAUGUCCACUAACAAGGCAAUCUCAGCGCUUUUAACCCAUUGGAGUGUGUGUGUGUGUGUGUGUGUGUGUGUGUGUGUGUGUGUGUGUGUGUGUGUGUGUGUGUGUGUGUGUGUGUGUGUGUGUGUGUGUGUGUGUGUGUGUGUGUGUGUGUGUGUGUGUGUGUGUGUGUGUGUGUGUGUGUGUGUGUGUGUGUGUGUGUGUGUGUGUGUGUGCGAAUGCCUACUAACUAACAUAUGCAUCUGCUCUCUUUCAGCACCUCUCAAUCUGACUCUACCACCUAAUAACCAUAGUAACAACCACAGAAACAACUACAGUAAUAGAUACAAUAAUAACUACAGAAACAACCACAGCUAUAACUAUAGUAAUAAAUACAACGAUAACGACAGUAUGCCUAUUUCUCUGGUCUGCUUUUGAUGACAGCUGACCAAGUGCCUUAUUUUUUAUCUUUUUAAACUUUUAUGAAGAUUCAAACAUGUUAUAGAUUUGACGUGGUACAGUACAUGGAAUAUUUAUACAUAUAUGUUUUUAAAUACAUUUGAUAUUUAAAUUCUGAGAGUAUUUAAAAAAUGGAUUAUGUUGCAAAACAUACAGCAUUCCUACUGGACCAUACUGUAACAGAGACAAGAAAACACGCUCUCUGGUCAGCUGUCAAUGUGCUGGUCCUCCUCACACUAACUAACUCCUACAAGAGCUUUAUGUACUGUCUAAUCUCCUACCCUCUCCUCUCCUCAGCGCUCGGAAGCGGCCUAUCCCGUACUACCGCCCCAGCCCUUCCUCCUCCAGUUCCAUGUCAAGCCCCUCCCAUUCAGGGAGGAGUCGCAGCCGCAGCUACAGCUGCAGUCACAGCCGCACCAGGAGCCACAGCCGCUCACGC